GUUAUCUUGACCUCCCCCCCGCGCGCAUCAAAUACUGUCGGCCCAUGGCGUCUGUUCAGGGCAAAUGGCUUUCACUCCAGGAAAAGCAUUCAACUUCUUCGAGGUUUCACAAGUCCAACUUCCGGCGGAUAGCUCGCCAGCAUGGAGCAAUGAUGUUACGUGCAUAUGUACGGGCUCCGAUAACUUGUUCAUCGGAAAUAACGAUGGGAUUGUGCACAUUGUCUCCCUAGCUUUCAAAGUUGUUCGGUCAUUCAAGGCUUACGACGCUGGAGUAAUCCGGCACAUGAAACAGAUUGAAGGCACAUCACUUUUAGUUACGAUCGCAGAAGACUUGCCUAGCGAGCCGAUCCUCAAGGUCUGGGCUCUUGAUAAGAUUGAAAAAAAGAAUGGGUCACCCCGUUGCCUUUCGUCGCUGUCUGUCCAGAACGGUAGACGGCCAUUCCCAGUAUCAACAUUUACAGCGCUGGAAGAUCUAUCUCAAAUUGCUGUAGGCUUUGCGAAUGGUUCAGUUGCUAUAAUUCGAGGCGACUUGAUAAACGAUCGCGGAACGCGACAGCGUAUUGUGUUCGAAUCGGAGGAGCCGAUAACUGGCUUGGAAAUUCAAAGCGGGCACACCACUACCUCUCUUUAUAUCGCUACUACAAACCGUAUUCUCACUUUCACUAUCGCUGGCCGGGGUCAGGGCCAGCCUGCACGAGUACUUGAAGAUGCAGGUUGUGCCGUAGACUGCAUGACUGUUGACGAAGAAACAGGCGACAUUCUAGUUGCAAGAGAGGAUGCGAUAUAUAUCUACGGACCCCGCGGGCGGGGUCCCAGUUAUGCCUUUGACAGCCCGAAAACGUCUCUGGGUCUUUUCAAGGGCUAUGUAGCUUUAGUAUGCCCUCCGAAGACCACGUCUAAAUUAGAAUCCUUGAGAAAAUGGGGUAUGGGCCAAGCGGAUGAUUUUCUCAACACCUCAACAUUUACUCUCCUCGAUACGGAUUUGAAUUUUAUUGCCCACUCAGAAGCCGUAAUAUCAACUGUGAAAAGCGUUUUCGCAAUAUGGGGAGAUCUUUUCUUGAUAACUAUAGAUGGAAAAAUUACUCGCUACCAUGAGAAAAGCUUACAGCAAAAACUUGAGAUUCUAUAUCAAAGAAAUCUUUACAUUCUGGCUAUCAAUCUUGCCCAGAAAGCUGGCGUUGAUGCUUUUCAGCAGAACGUGAUAUUUCGCAAAUACGGUGACUAUUUGUACCAGAAAGGAGACUAUGAUACAGCCAUGCAGCAAUAUUUGAGAGCAAUAGACAAUACCGAACCCUCUCAAGUCAUUCGCAAGUUCCUAGAUACUCAGCGAAUCCAUAAUCUUAUUGAAUAUUUGGAAGAACUCCAUGACCACGAAAGAGCAACGGCUGACCAUACGACGCUAUUACUCAAUUGCUAUGCAAAAUUGAAAGACACGUCGAAACUAGAUUCUUUUAUCAAAGCUCCAGGAGAGCUAAAAUUUGACCUUGAAACCGCUAUUGCCAUGUGUCGACAAGGCGGCUACUAUGAACAGGCAGCGUAUCUAGCUACGAAACAUGGUGAAAACGAUAUGGUUGUUGACAUACUCAUCGAGGAUUCGCAAAAAUAUGCUGAGGCUCUAGAAUUCAUCUCUCGCCUAGAUGCUGAAGUAGCCUACCCCAAUUUGAUGAAAUACGCUCGAGUCUUGCUUGGACACUGUGCGCGAGAAACAACCGAACUUUUCAUAUCGUUUUACACUGGGAAGUACCGCCCAAGAAAGGACGUCAUUCAUCCUAUAGAAACACAGGCACAGUCAUCAAGCACGGUACGAAAUUUAGCCGCCUUGAUUCCUCUGCCCUAUGUGGGUACGAAUACAAACACCAAGUCUCAGCCUUCCGAACCCCAGCUUUCAAACGAGACCGAUGAUGUCGAUGAGACCCCAGUAUACAAUAUCCCGAAGCCUCGGACAGCUUUCUCCUCAUUUGUCGAUCACCCUGCCGAGUUUAUCACCUUCUUAGAGGCUCUUAUUACUCAGAAGUCAUGGAAAGAAUCCGACAAAAUCGAUCUUUACACCACGCUAUUCGAAAUGUAUCUAGACAAUGCAAAGAAGACGAAAGAUGCUGGAGAAAAGCAAGACUGGGAAAACAAGGCAAAGACACUGAUCGAGGGCAAAGAUAUCCCCAUAUCAACCUCAAAUGUUUUGCUUCUGUCGAAUCUGUCGGACUUCAGCGAAGGAGUUACAUUGGUCAAGGAGCAAGCAGGUCUCCGAUCUGAUAUAUUCCGUUCCUACACUGCGGCGAAAGAUACUCAAGGUGUGAUCAAAGCGUUACGGAAAUACGGACCAGCGGAACCCCAGCUUUAUGUGGAUGCGCUCGCAUAUUUCGCAUCUAGUCCCAAGAUCCUGGCAGAAGCUAGUGAUGAGCUGGAUGCAGUUCUUAAGAAAAUCGAUGAUGAUAGGUUAAUGGCACCACUACAAGUCAUUCAAGCCCUAAGUAACAAUGCUGUUGUAACUAUGGGCAUGAUCAAGAGGUAUCUCAGCGCAAACAUCGAAAGAGAAAGAAAAGAAAUCUCAACGAAUCGCCGUCUCAUUUCCAGCUACACGACCGAGACAGAAGCUAAAAGAUAUGAGCUCGAACAACUCGGCUCAAAGCCAGUUGUCUUCCAGGCUCGUAACUGCCAAUCCUGCAACAGGACACUCGAUUUACCUACCGUCCACUUCCUCUGCAAACACUCCUUCCAUCAACGCUGCCUCAAUCUUACUGGUGAAGAUGCAGAAUGUCCCGUGUGUGCGCCACAAAAUGCAACUGUCAAGGCUAUUCGUCGGCGCCAAGUCGAAUCCGCGGAUCAACAUGACCUCUUUCUUAACGAACUGCAACGUAGUAGAGAUCGGUUUGGAACGGUGAGUGAGUUUUUCGGUAGAGGUGUUAUGCAGUCGCAGAAGAGUGAGUAGCUAAGAUGAAACUUAACUCGAGUGGAUAUUUAAUGGGUGCCUGAAUGUGUGUAAAUAUAGUGCUAAUGUUGAAUAAUGAAAUACCAGUUGAUCUCC